GUGGACUGGCCUCGAGUCUUUUGAAGACGACAGCCCACGACACGCUUCUAAGUAGCUGCUACCUAGACGCUCGUGAAUCUUGGCGGCACCAUGGCUGCUAUUCUCCCUUGAAGUCCCUUCGUUCAAGUUCUCAUGAGCGGCGAGAGGGGCAUGCUGGUAGGGAGCUAGAGCGCAUGUAGCUGGCUGUCCAUCCAUCCGUUGGUUUCCAACAGAGCUGUUUGCAUAUUUGUUCCAAGUUGGUUGCAAAUAGUCGUCAGGCCUGGUUUUUGAUGACGCCGAGUAAGCGGGGCUUUUCAAAUGCUCGGAAAGGUGUGUUGGUAUGGUACCCGUCUGCAAGUAGGAAACAGCUGACGCCUUCGAGGCAGCUCUUUUAGCUCACCUGGUAUAAUUGAACUUCCCUCUCAAGCAUUUUCAUGGCAUCCUGCCAAAAGGGCCCAAAACUGCUCAUAUCAAAAGCAUGUGGUGGCAGGGCCUUACAAAUUCAAGGGCAUUCUUUUGAGAAGCCAACACUUUGGUAGCAUUUAAGGGUAGCAUUUAAGGGUAGCAUUUAAGGGUACGUUACAACCCGUUGAAUAAUAUAGUCAAGCCAUCAUGGCCUCUGAGUCAGCCAAGAGCGACCAGUUCCCAGUGGGAAUGAAGGUGUUGGUUGUGGAUGACGACCCACUGUGUUUGAUGAUCCUUGAAAGAAUGCUAAGGAGAUGCCAGUACACAGUGACCACCUGCCAGCGUGCGACGGCCGCGCUGAACAUGCUUCGUGAGAAGAAGGAUUUCUACGACCUCGUCAUCAGCGAUGUCUACAUGCCAGACAUGGAUGGUUUCAAGCUGCUGGAGCUCAUUGGGCUGGAGAUGGACCUCCCUGUCAUCAUGAUGUCGGCAAACGGCGAAACUGAUGUCGUGAUGAAGGGCAUCACGCACGGUGCGUGCGACUAUCUGCUGAAACCGGUGCGCAUUGAGGAGCUGCGCAACAUCUGGCAGCACGUCAUUCGUCGGAAGCGCAGCGAUCUCCUUCCGAAAGAUCAGGAGCAUUCGGGGAGCGUGGACAACAGCAAGAAGCGGGACGAGGAGGCAGACAUUUCGAGCGCGCCCGAGACAGCGCAGAACAGGAAGAAGAGGAAGGAGGUUGAUUCUGGGGGCGGCAGCGAUCGGCAGGACGAUGAUGUUGACAUGGCAAGCCUGAAGAAGCAGCGCGUUGUGUGGUCGGUGGAGCUGCACCAGAAGUUCGUUCAUGCUGUCAAUCAGCUGGGGGUGGAUAAAGCUGUUCCAAAGAGGAUUCUCGACAUCAUGCAAGUUACGGGACUCACAAGGGAGAACGUUGCCAGUCAUCUACAGAAGUACCGGCUGUACCUCAAGCGUCUCUCUGGUGUCCAAGCCGAGGAGGCGCAGCACACCAAGAAGGAGCCCAGCAACUUCUCGACCGCCGCCGCGUCGUUCCCCGCCAGCCUGGGCGCCCUUGCGUCCUCGGGCCUUCUCAACCCCCUCCAGCAGCAGCAGCUCGUCAACCGCGGUGCUCUUAGCAAUCUGGCGGCCUUCUCGGGCCGGGGGUCGUUGGCAGGGACCCUCGGGAACUUGGACCAACAGACCCUGCUUAGCUUGGCGAAUCUGCAGUCGCUCCAACAGCCGGGGGACGCCCAAUCAGACCGGCUUGGGGCGCUUACCGAGAGCCUCGUUGGGGGGAUGGGCCGCGAGGGGGGGGGGGGGGGUCACUGGCGGGGGGGUAUGUUUGACAUGAACCAGGCGCAGCAGCUGGCAAACCUCCAGCAGAGGGAGCGGCAGCUGCACGCGCUGAACGGGGGCGGGGGAGCGGGGCAGCAGCAGCUCGCCUCGAUCCAGCAGCGGAUCCAGAUGGCGCAGCGCCAGAACCUGCCGUCGCUAGGCGGAGGGGGGGGUUCGGGCGGCUUGCAGGGAGGGCUUGGGGGGCAGGGCGGAGCCGCGUCUCAGAACGCGCUUUUGCUCCAGCUGUUGCAGCAACAACAGCAGAACCAGAACAGGGGGCUGCAGAGCCUGCAGAGGGGGGGCAGCGGCGGCAUGGGGCGCCCCGGCCCCCGGAUGGGGGGGCUGGAAACGCAGCAGGCGGGCCUGACAGGUAGGAGGAACUCCGGCGAGCUGAGCAUGCUUUUGAACGGGCCUGGGGCGUAUGCGGGUGGGGAUGCGGGCGCAGCAAACCUGCUAAGACUGCACGGCUCGGGUUCGGAGGAUGUAAAGGGCUUUGAGCUUGGGGGCGGGGGGGGCAACUAUCCGGGUCUGGGGGGGUAUGGGGAUGGGAACGAUGGGGCGAGGUGGGGUAACCCUGGCAAAGUGGGGAUGGAUCCUUUCCGGGGGGGCCACUGGCAGGAAGGUGCUGUCAGGCGGGGCAAAGAUGACGGCCUCAAAAGCGACGAGUACCAGAGCCUGUCACUGGGGCCGAUGGGCCCUGGGAAUGAGACGAGCGCGGCGUCCGAUCAGGCACGAAAUGAUAGAGAAGCGGGGCCGCGGCAAGAUAUGCCGAGCCAGGACGGAAAUCAAAGCCAGGACGACUAUCUUGCCGCUUUCUUCAUGAAGGAGCAAGGUCUGCCCGAGGGUGACCUCAAUUCUGAAGGCUUCCAAGUGGAUGACAGAUGGAAGCCCUCCGAUUCGUUUGUCAAAUAACUCGAACUCAAGUGCAUUUCCUAACCUUUUCGAUGGGCUGGCUCCAUCCACGUGAAUAUUUUCGCUGAUAAGUCUUGGAGCCGGUGUUGCCUGGAAUGAAGAUGACCUACUAAGCCGGGUAGCAAGGUGUCUGCGAAAUGCACCUAUAAUGGUUGGCUUGCCAAUUGUUGUCCGGAGCAAUUUUGAUAGAGUCAAAGAGAGACGUGCGAGCGGCACUUGUUGUUCUAGUAGUUUGACUCCAAAGCUUCUCAACCAUCAGUUGUAAAGUAGCGUUUCAAUAGCACAAAGGACUUGUGUCUAGGAAACAUGAGGAGGUCGGAUUAGCCAGUUUACAGCACGUUUUUGCAUACCGUUCAAGUUUAGUAGCUCAAUUUAACGGGUGAGCAGCAUGGUUGACACUCUCCUCGUGUCCUAGGAAUCCACAUGUUAAUACGCAUCAGUCUUUUGUUCUUUCACUUUGUUUUCACAGCCAGGACCUUGCCCGCAUCUGGAGGUUCGGAAGUUGCUCAG